UUUAAAGCCCAUUGAGGAAAAAGCAUAGACUAUAGUGAAAGAGUGAAAGAAAGAGAAAUGGCAAGAACCCACUUAAUCUUUCUACUACUAGUGAUUUCAUCGACAUCAUUAUCAUCAUCAUCAACAACAAGAGAGCAGGAGGAGGACAGGAUCAAAGCACUUCCAGGGCAACCAAAAGUUGGGUUCUCACAGUUUUCGGGUUACGUGACUGUAAACGAGUCACAUGGUCGAUCACUUUUUUACUGGCUCACUGAGUCUUCUUCUUCCUCUCACACGAAACCACUUCUACUUUGGCUCAAUGGAGGACCGGGCUGCUCGUCGAUUGGUUAUGGAGCUUCCGAGGAAAUUGGACCGUUUCGGAUCGAUAAAACUGGUUCCAAUCUCUAUCUCAACAAGUUUACGUGGAACACAGAAGCAAACAUUUUGUUUCUUGAAUCGCCCGCCGGAGUUGGAUUUUCAUACACUAACACAAGCUCCGAUCUUAUAGAUUCAGGGGACGAACGGACUGCUCAAGAAAAUUUGAUAUUUCUAAUCAAGUGGAUGUCAAGAUUUCCUCAGUACCAAUAUAGAGAUUUCUUCAUUGCUGGUGAAAGCUAUGCUGGGCAUUAUGUUCCUCAACUUGCUAAAAAGAUCUAUCUCUACAACAAAGCUUUCAACAACACACCCAUCAUCAACCUCAAAGGACUCAUGGUUGGAAAUGGAGAUAUGGACAAGCAUUACGACAGACUAGGAGCAGUCAUGUACGCAUGGUCACACGCAAUGAUCUCCGACAGAUCCUACAAGUCUGUCCUCAAACACUGCAGCUUCACGACGCAUAAAAACUCGGACAAGUGCAGUUGGGCACUCUACUUCGCCACGGUUGUUGAGAGAGGCCAAGUCAAUGGGUACAGCAUCUACUCACCCUCAUGUGUACCACAAACCAACCAGACCAAGUUCCUACAUAGACGGCUUUUGGAAGAGGAAUACGACCCUUGUACAGAGAACUACUCCGAGAUAUAUUACAACCGUCCUGAUGUACAGCGAGCUAUGCACGCUAAUUUUACCACCAUUCCUUAUAAGUGGACUACGUGCAAUAUGGUUUUGAAUAAGAACUGGGGAGAUUCUGACUUUUCAAUGUUGCCAAUAUACAAGGAACUCAUUGCUGUUGGUUUGAGGAUCUGGGUGUUUAGUGGCGAUACAGACGCAGUUGUUCCAGUGACUGGGACUCGACUUGCUCUCAGCAAACUCAAUCUUCCCGUGAAAACUCGUUGGUACCCUUGGUACUCCGAGAAACAGGUGGGAGGAUGGACAGAGGUAUACGAGGGACUUACCUUUGCAACAGUAAGAGGUGCAGGCCACGAAGUGCCGGUAUUACAACCGGAGCGUGCUCUCACUCUUUUAAGAUCAUUCUUGGCUGGAAAAGAGCUUCCAAGAUCUUCUUAGUCACACACAAGACGAGAAAAGGCUCCCUCCAAAAAUCUUAAGAUGAUAGUCUAAGAAUGCUUGUAUUCGAAGAAGAUAUAUAUAUAUAUUGAUACAUGAUGAUUAAAGCAUGGUAUAAAAUUGCAAUAACGAAAAAUAUUUUAAUGUCUGAUCCAUAAAAAAAGUACAAUGCUCUUUUGCCUCUUCUACCUGUAAAGUUGAAUAAGACAACAAAAAAA